AUGCAUAACGUACAAGCUCUUCGGACGACAAACCCACAUCUGCUCUUCUAUAUGCUGUUGAUAUUUCAGUUUUACGAUGUGGUCCCAGCAUUCGAGCCCGACUUCCUGUUCCCUCUGGAGAAUUUGACCGUGGCUCAGGGCCGUGACGCAACCUUUACAUGUGUUGUCAACAAUCUUGGGGGAUAUAGGGUGAGUGGGGAACUCACCACUGCAAGGGUCGCUUGGAUAAAGGCUGAUACCAAGGCAAUAUUAGCUAUACACGAGCACGUUAUUACGAACAACGCACGAUUAUCUGUUACACACAACGACUUCAACACAUGGACGUUGAAUAUACGGGGUGUUAAAAGAGAAGAUAGGGGGCAGUAUAUGUGUCAAGUCAAUACAGAUCCGAUGAAGAUGCAGACCGCAUAUUUGGAAGUGGUGAUUCCGCCGGAUAUUAUCACAGAAGAAACGUCUGGGGACAUGAUGGUGCCCGAAGGCGGAUCUGCGAAGCUAACGUGCAAAGCUCGAGGGCAUCCUAAGCCCCGAGUAGUUUGGAGAAGAGAAGACGGAGGUGCCAUCGUCGCCCGUACCGGCCCCAAUAAUAAAAUAGAACGAGUGACAUCGGUGGAGGGCGAAACACUAACGUUGACUAAAGUCACCAGGUCCGAGAUGGGCGCUUAUUUGUGCAUAGCGGCCAACGGAGUGCCCCCUUCGGUCAGCAAGAGACUGAUGCUUCACGUGCAUUUUCAUCCGUUGAUUCAAGUUCGAAAUCAGUUAGUGGGAACUCCUGUAAACACGGACGUCACCCUGCAGUGUCACGUCGAGGCGUCCCCAAAAGCAAUCAACUACUGGACUAGAGAGAGCGGCGAAAUGAUCAUAUCUAACGACAAAUAUUACAUGACGGAAAUCAACAAUUCGUAUUAUAGUGUGCAGAUGAAGCUAGUUAUAAGGAAAUUCCACAAGUCCGAUCUUGGAGGAUACAAAUGUAUAUCAAAAAACUCGAUAGGAGACGCCGAAGGCAACAUUAGACUUUACGAAGUAGAAUUACAGGAACGCGUAGAUGCAGCUGAAGAGACUGAACAGACAUCCGAUGAUCAAAACAGGAAUAACGAUUCAGAAGAACGGCUCUACAACGGCUUCAGAGGUCCUUUGAGCGACAUUGACCAGAGCAACUUGCCCUUAAACGUCAGUUCGACCUGUACCAUAUCAAAGUUCCACAAACUGUGCCCUGUUCUAGUGAUACUACUCCAUUUGUACUAA